UUGACAGCUUUGCUAAUUUUCGAAAGACUCUCGAGCUCGACCUACAAAAGCUAUUUAUUUUCCGUAAUUCAUUGUUUUUCGAAGCUCCUAUUUCGUAAUAAUUGUACUGCGUAUGCAAAUAUUUUUGUGGGAUGUCUUUAGACGAACACUCCACUACAAAUAGAAUCGAGUGCAGCUACUAGCUAGCUCGCAAAUCGUUUGUGAUGGUGGAUCGGACAUAUUGAAGCGAAAAUAAGCGAAGCAAAGAUGGGCAGACGAGAGGAGGCAGCUUGGGCGCAGGGGACGGUGGGGUUGACCGCGGCCCGGGAACGGGGUGACAUCGACCGCAAGUUCCAGAGCCGACUGACGGUGACUCGGAGUAUGAUAGACAGGCUCGGGCUGGAGAAGGAGCUGCACGGUCACACGGGCUGCGUCAACUGCCUGGAGUGGAAUAGGGACGGGUCUGUCCUGGCCUCCGCGUCGGACGAUCUCCACGUCAUUCUGUGGGAUCCCUAUCGAUAUAAGCAGCUCCACAAUAUGUCUACAGGACAUACGGGGAAUAUAUUCUCUGUGAAGUUCCUAUCCCCGGAAAUUCUGGCGACGUGCGCGGCGGACGGAUCCGUGCGCGCGCGUUCCAUAUCUGGCACCUCGCUGUUGGAGUGUUCCUGUCACUGUGGCCGGGUGAAGAGGCUGGCGGUGGCGCCCGACCGCCCGCACCUGCUGUGGUCGGCCGGGGAAGACGGGCUUGUGCUCCAGCACGACCUCCGCUCCCCGCACCGCUGCAACGCCGACUCAGCCAACGUGCUGGUUAACCUGCUCAACCACCUGGGCCGCUACGCCGAGGCUAAGUGCGUGGCGGUCAACCCGCGCCGUCCGUACCAGCUCGCGGUUGGCGCCAACGACUUUUACGUGCGGCUGUACGAUACGAGGAUGAUUAAGUUGUCCAGACUGCAGGAGACACAGAUCACUGGACCCUCGUCUGGUCUCAUGUGGGAGCGGCAGAAUGUGCGGUGCUCGCGGGCGGGGUACGGGGACCCCGACAAUAACAUACCCCGAAAUGCUGUCACGUAUUUCGCGCCAGGUCACCUGUCCAUCGGUCCCAACGAGCCAACGUUUCCGAAGAAGGCGACCACGUACGUCGCCUUCAGCAACGACGGCAAUGAGCUACUCGUUAACCUGGGAUCGGAACAGGUGUACCUCUUCGACGUGAACUCCGCUCGGCGUCCCGUCCUGGUGGAGUCGUUCAUCAUCCAACACAACCGCGGCCACCGCGACGACAAGCGGAACGGCACGCGGGACGCCGGCGCCGGCGGCAGUGCGGCCCCCGGGAGCAACGGGACGGUGGACCCGCAGCCCGUGUUGCCGGAUAGAGUGCGACAUCUGAAGGAGAUGGCUAACGAUCUAGUGAACAGCAGCAACUAUUCCGCCGCCGUGGAACUGUACAACAGUGCUAUCGCCGCGUGCCCGGACUGCGCCCUGCUCUACUCCAACCGCGCGGCUGCGCUUAUGAGGAGGGGAUGGUCUGGCGACACAUACGCUGCGAUCCGCGACUGCUACCGCGCGAUCAAGCUGGACAGCAACCACGUCAAGUCGCACUUCCGACUCGCUAAAGGACUGAUGGACCUCAAGCGUGCGCGCGAAGCCCGGGAGUGCCUGCUGUACUUCAAGGACAAGUUCCCAAAGCACGCGGCCAGCCACGCCGUGUUCCUGCUGCAGAAGGACAUCGCCACCGCCCUGCAGAACACCGACAUGCAGCCCGACGAAGCGGAGGAGGAAGGCGGAUCCGGCAGCCUCCUAGAGCGUCAGUUGCGCGGCUCAGCCCUGGACUACAGCCACCGGUUCCUCGGCCACUGCAACACCACCACCGACAUCAAGGAGGCCAACUUCCUCGGCCCUGAUGCCAACUUCAUCGCUGCCGGCUCCGACGACGGCAGCAUGUUCAUCUGGUGCCGCCGUUCUGGCAACAUCGUGCGGUGUCUGCGCGGGGACGAGUCUAUAGUCAACUGCGUGCAACUCCACCCCUCGCAGUUCCUGCUGGCCACCAGCGGUAUUGAAGCUGUUGUGCGCCUGUGGAGCCCUAGACCCGAGGACGGGCUUCAAGAAUCACGGGUGGUGGGCGAGGCGGGCGCCGCGGCGGCGGCGAACCAGCAGCGCAUGCGCAGCGACCCCUUCGAGUCCAUGCUUCUCAACAUCAGCUUCGCCGGUGGCGCAGAUCGAGACAUGCACUCGCCCGCCUGCCGCGCCACGUAAAAGGAGGCGACGGGGUCUUUCCGGUCCUACGUGCGUCGAGUCACUUGUAAAUACAUAAUAUUAUAUUUUAUGUUAUAUCUUA